AUGGAUCGGCACUACAAAUGGAUCAACCGGCAGAUCACUAAUGCGGCUGAGUCUGGCGAUGUCACAUGGCUCUUCGACGUUAUAUUGGAGCACGUGAGCGAGAUGAAUUUGAUCAAUUGUUCCACCGCCCUGCACCGCAUCGCCAAGCUUGCGCUCGGGAGCAGCGUGCAGGAGCGCGGGCGGCUGGUGGAGCACGAGGCCAUUCGGCGCUUGCGCAGGCAGCUGGCGGGGCGCGUCAGCGAGAUGGCGGGCGACGACCACUGUAGGGAUGGACGCGGCGGCGAGUUGCAGUCCGAGAUGCGAUGCUUGAGCAUCAUCUGUUGGUCCUGCGCCACGAUGCGAAUUCGAGAGGAAAGUUUCUUCCAGCACGUGGCGGCCAUCUCUGGCGAGAGGCUCUCCGAGAUGAAGCCGUUCGAGCUGUCCAAUAUGCUCUGGGCGUUUGCCAAGCUCUCAUUCGGCCACGCAAGCAUCUUUGAGGGAUUGGCCCCCUACUUGUUGUGCCGCCGACCGGGGCAGAUCAGCCCGCAGUGCUUGUCGACGAUCGUUUGGGCCUUCGGCACGGCGAAAGUGCACCAUGUUGCCCUCUUCACCAGCGUUGCACUCGAGCUGUCGCAGCACGCUUCGAGCAUGGGCCCGCAGGGCAUCGCGAACACCGCCUGGGCGUUCGCGCGUGUGCGGCGCCAGGAGCUGCACCUCUUCCGCCUGCUUGCGGAGGCGACUGUUCAGGAGUCCGCGUUGUGGAACUUCAAGUCCCAAGAGUUGUCGAACAUCGUGUGGGCGUUUGCAACGGUUGGCCUGACGCACCCGCCCCUGUUCGAGAGCAUCCUGGAGGUCGCCGUGCAGCGCCGAGCGGAGCUCCCGCCGCAGAACAUCGCCAACAUGCUGUGGGCAUACGCGAAGCUCGGGGUGCCCUCCCGCUGGCGCCUGUUCCCGCCGCUGCUCGAGGUCACGGAGCAGAACCUCGAGGCGUACAAGCCCCAGGAGGUGUCGGCCAUAUUGUGGGCCGUGGCCCGCGAGGUGGGUUGCAGCCCCUCGUGCCGGCGGUUCUUCCUUGCGGUGCCCCGCCACUUCGAGGGCCGCCUGCAGGAGUUCACCUCGCAGGGUCUGGCGUGCAUGGUGGAGGCCUACACGCUCGCGGAGGUGGAUGGCCUCAGCUUCUUCGACGGCAUCCUGAGGGAGAGCAUGAAUCAGCUGGACAGCUUCCAGCCGCCAUCACUCUGCACCCUCUUUCGCGGGGUCGCUAUCAAGGCCAGACGCGAGCUCGCCGGAAAGGAUUCCGCGCAAACACCGGACCAUGUCAGGACCAUAUCUGACCACAUCGCCGCCAGGCUGCCCGAGAUGCAGCGGCACAACAUUGUGCACCUGGCCCAGAGCCUGGACCUUCUCCCCGCGCACGCGCAAGUGACAAGCGCCGCGAAGCUCUGGGAGAGCAGCACCCUCCUGGCCGUCCAGCACCUUCAGGGUGAACUCUGCGAGCCCAUGGGCCCGACGUUGCUUCCCGACCCGCAGCACGGCUCAGGCCCAGAAAGCAACGACGUCCCCUCGCCCCCCAAGGGCCGCCAUACCAGCGGGCUGGGGCUCGGCGGGCAACGGCAGCUCCAGCGUCGGGGACUUCAGCCAGGCCCGCAGUCGCUGCAGCCGCAGCCGCCCCCGUGCGCGGAGGUGCCGUGGCCAGUGCCCCUAAACGGAAAGAGGCCGACCAGGGACGCCCUCGACGUAUCCGCCGCGCUGGCCGCACACCGGGGCCGCCGUGACGCCGACGAGGUGCCAGCGGACCUGCUGCCUCGCAGCUGCCCGGCGCCCAACAAGCACGGGAUCAUCGGGCCAGCGCAGGCGCUGCAGGCGAGCCAGGGCAGGGCGGCGACCGUCUGGGACCUCCACAGCUUCUGGAGCCUCGGAAGUCCAGCAGACGAGCUCGCCUCCCCCUACUAUUCUGAGCACGCGGACCAAUAG